AUGGAGGACCGGGAGACAUCCGACGGUCCGGGAGGGCCUCAAGACUUGAUCAGCGCAUCGUUCAACCAGGACACCACGUAAUCUAGCGGAUUCUCCUUGUUGUACUGCUAGAUAGAUUCUUCUUGCAUAAUCUAGGGCCGCAGUAAAUCCUUAUGCUUCCAGCUAUAAUAUGGUCUUUAUGCUGGUCUGUAGCAGAAAUAUGUUAGUGUGUGAAUUGUUUCUUCCAACCUCACCCACUUGUGCAUUUUGUUUAUCACUGUUAAUCCAAUGGUGUCUCUUUAACACAGUUCCUAAAAUAUAGGUUACUAGUUUAGUAGGCCACCACACUACGAAGGCCUAUAGAUGAGAGAAAAGUAUCCAAGAUAGAUUUGACCUACAGUAGAGAUACUGGUCAGCAGACUACACACUAAAAACAAAUGGUUCUAUAUAGUGCCAAAUAAGGGUUAUUAGGCUUGUAACCUAUCCACCUCAUUUUCGAACGCUUUUAAAACACGGAAGCCAAACGCUGAAACUAUGGAUACAACUUCCUCCACGCUCGCGCAUUAUCAUAAUUGAUAUGUGCGCCACUAGAAAUCCCUGCAUUAGCAUGUUUAGGUUAGCUGAAACGUCAUUAAAAAUAUAUAUAUUACCAACGAUUGUUCUAUCUGUGAUAUUACUGCCCUGUUAAUGUGACCUUGGAUAAAAAAAGCAUUACUGAUCCAAAUGGUUGCCCAAUCAGGCAGGCUAGAUGCAGUUGUUUCGAAAUGGACAUGCAUUCAUAACGCCAGGCUUUUGAGCGGUUACUCAAACAACACAGGCUAUUCACUGCAGUUUACAUCUUAGAGUUUUAUACUCUCUUUAAAACAAUAACAUUCUUCAUUACGUUGUUUUGUUGUAGCCUAGGUAGGAUAAAUGUAUUGUCCCUAAUAAACUGAAACAGUAGGGUAGCUUUUCGAACUGCAAACGCGGGGAUUGGAGCGCACUCAGCGCAGCAUCUGGAGCGCAAAUAGUGUAGGCUACCUAUGAUACACUUUCUUUUAUUUCACUGUGUAAAUUUACUUGAUUUAUUCACUGCAGUAUGAAGCCUAACAUUGACUUUAUUAAUUAUGGGCUAAUAUGCAUACGCUUCGAACAUAGGCUAUAGGCUACAUCUCCAGCCUGUCUAUUAUUGUGUUUAUUAACAAGUUGAAUCAGGUGUGCUAGCUCUGGAACAGCUGGGGGUCCCAGGGGGAGAGAAUUGAGAACUACUGACUUAGUCAACUGUUCACAAAACACAGUCACUGGCCACAGUCAUAUACUGUAUAACAUAUGAUAGCAUAACACAACAGAUUAGAUCAACUGGAAUGACACUCACUCACAGUUGCACAAAAAGAGCUGUGAGAAAACCAUGCCCCAAAAUAUUCUAAUGAGCCGCCACCCCUACAUCUUAAUUAUCACAAAAAAAGGAAAUACAAUUUUUUUGAACUGCAAAUAGCCAUUGAAGGGCUCAAAGGGUUCUUUGGGUCAGUAUGGUACCACAUAGAACCAUCACCCUUCCGAAAGAACACUUGAGGAACCCUCAUUUUUUAGUGUGUAUUGUGCAAGUCUGGUAUUUGUCUCAGAUGAUGACACAUGCAAUGAGUUUUGGAACUGUCAAAUACUUAGGCUAUCACCACUGCAUGCAUGGGGCGGUUGGAUGUAUUGGAUUAUGGCAACAUGAGUGAGUGUGAGUGAUAGAGGAGCAUUCAGACACUGUUGAUCUACAAGAUGAUUACAGGUGUAAUAACAGCUGCAUAGCUGGGGUCUGGGGUCAUAAACAAUCCAGGUGGUCAAACACUUGACAUUAACUCUCUCCCAUUUUCAAUCAUCCUCAGCAGUUAGGCUAUAUGUUGCCUGGCUGGGCAAGGCCUAUAUCCCACUGAACCACACACCUGAUCAACUCUGGGUAGAGGUUGCCCUCAGGCACAGAUCUAGGAUCAGCUCACCCUCCCCAUAGCGUAACCUAAACCAUAAGGGGGGAAAACAUUAAACUGAUCUUAAAUCAGUGUCUAUUCUAGAAUUAAUAUCAUCCUAUAUCAUCCUACUCCAUCUGUUGACAGAGGCCUGCCCCUCCUUUUCUCUACACAGUAUCUCUGUAUAUGCCCAUAGAUAGUAUGCUUGAAUAUCAGUGCUGUUUGAAGUGCUUAGGGUGAUCACAUCUUUUCGCAACAGCGAAUGGGGAUCCAAAUAAAUAAAUACAUGACCUGAUUCAACUCUUGCUGUGUUGGUCAUACAGCACACUGUGUAUCCUUAAUUUCCCCAUGACUGCUAUAUAUAGCUCACUGGGUAGUGAGGCAUUGCAUGUAUUCCCUACACUUCCUGGUCAGCUGAGUGUGUGUAUGACUGUCCUUAGAAACAACAUCCUCAGCCUUGGUCCAAUCAGCCUUUCCGCUCAUAAACAUUGUGGAAUCUCAUUGUUUUUUAUUGUAUGGUUUUUCUGUUUAUGUGCAUUAAUUUCCGUUGCUUAAGACCCCUAUGGUAGAUGAUUACUUAGAUUAUGGCACAACAAGUUAACAUCUAUAUAUUUGUUAUAUCAUAUCAUCAAAAUGUCACCUUCAAGCAAACCUUGAGAGGGGAUUAUGAUGAAACCGUUAUGGCGGUUAUAGAGCAGGAAUGGGCAACUUUGAUGGGGGUGGGGGCCACAAAAAAAUGGAACUCAUCAUGAGGGGCCGCAGUGGCUCGUGGGUCUGCGUACCCAAAUCCAUACUCCCCCUCCCCCGGCCCCUCUCAUGACAGUAAACAGAAAAAGUUCAUUUUCUGCAAUUCUACACAUUUUGCCAUGGGGCGGAGAUAAGAUUUAGCGAUUUUAUAACACGUUUCCUGCAAUUCUACACAUUUUGCCAUAGGGUGGAGGCAAAUGUUUGCAGCUUUUAAUAUGAUAACUGAUGAUCAAUGGGCCCCACCCCGGUUCGACUAUGCUUACUACGAGUUUAGAUACCUGGCUGAUAGACUAAUUUACCAAUCCACAUUUUUUUUGCUGACAUGGGCUAAUUGAGUGACUGCUGAUGCACAACCACAUUUCAAAAUUGCACCUUGGGUAUUCUAUUAUUCUAACUCUCAACAGUAAGUUGAGACCCCGGCUGCCCAUUCCUGAUAUAGAGCGGAGGGGGGGUGGGGGGCAGGACCAAGUUUGGGAAACCCUGAUAUAGGGUAUACACAUAGUGGGCGCCAUCUUGGAUGUGUAAUAACAGUUGGGUCUCUGUGUGUCUCAGGUCUCUAUCAGUGGGCACUAAGUCAGGCUACAGACUCUUCUCUGUCACCUCGGUGGACAAGAUGGACUGCAUCCAUGAAGGAGGUGAGUGAGUUUCCUUAUAGCCUGUGUGUACUGGUAGCUAGUAACUACAGUUAAACACUGGCAGAGGUUCGCUAAACUGCAAUCAUAGGACAGGGACAAAACAACCACUCAGUAAGCUGUGGUCAGGACAACUAGCGUGGUUGUACAGUAGUCUCUAACCAGAGAACAAGUUGUUCUAAGCUGACACAGCCCUCCCUCUCCCACAUAUGUAAACAAUGGUAGUGAGUAACGCGUUACACCAUAAGCCUGUUCCCAGUAAUGCAUUCUACAAGUAUUUUAUCAGUGUUUCAUAUCACGGUGAGAGGAAAGUGUCAGCCUAUGAAUGUUUUGGUUUGAGUAUCAAAUCAAAAAAUCAAAUCCAAUUUUAUUUGUCACAUGCGCCAAAUACGACAGGUGUAGACCUUACCGUGAAAUGCAUACUUACAAGCCCUUAACCAACAAUGCAGUUUUAUGAAAAUAUUUACUAUGAAAUUAAUGUGUUGAAAUGUGUGCCUGUGUGAGUGUGUAUGUGUUUGCGUGUCUGUGCAUGUGUGAUCUAUGCACAUGUGUACCUGUGUGUGUGUAUUCUAUGCAAAGUGUUUUUAUAUAAGCACUUGUAUGUGAUUUAACCCUUCCCUUCCUCUCCCAGCGGAGUGUCCAGACGUGUACAUCGUGGAGCGGUUGUUCUCCAGCAGUCUGGUGGUGGUGGUCAGUCUCUCCAUGCCCCGACGUAUGAACGUCUACCACUUCAAGAGGGGAACAGAGAUCUGCAACUAUAGCUACUCCAACAACAUCCUCUCAGUCAGGCUCAACAGACAGGUAAUGGCCAUCGGAGGCCCCAUUCCAAACCAACUCCUCACCCCUAUCCCUAGGUCAGAUUGAGGCCCCAUUCCAAUCCAAUCCCUCUCACCUAUCCUGAGGUCAGUUCCCAUUCCAAACCUAUCCCCCCUUAUAGCUCUGCAGUAACGUUUCUCUCUCCGUCCUCUGUAGAGGCUGGUGGUGUGUCUGGAGGAGUCUGUCUACAUCCACAACAUCAAAGACAUGAAGCUGCUCAAGACGCUGCUCAACACACCCCACAACCCCUCAGGUACUGAAUACACACCUAGGCACACACACACACGAUGCGUACCCUCAACUAUGCUACGUUUUUAAACACAGACACACCCUCCAACCCGUCAGGUCUCUGUGCCCUCUCUGUGAACCAUGGUAACUCCUACCUGGCGUACCCUGGCAGUCAGACCAUCGGAGAGAUCAUUGUCUACAAUGCCAACAACCUGGUAAGACCUGAUAUUCAAAUGACUUCUGCCACCACUGCUAUUCAAGUCAGUCUACACAGCACAACGCAGGGGAUAUUCAUGUUGAUCCCAAUGGCAACUUGCAUUUAUCUAGUAGAGUGGUUGCAGUGGUAGUUGAAAUGCCUUAAUACCUCUGAGUACAUGGAGUACAAUCAUUGCAUGUCACAGCUGUUGAAGUGGUCGCAGGUUGAUGUGUGAGGUGACGUGUGACCUGUGUGUUCCACAGAGCACGGUGACGAUGAUCCCAGCCCAUGACAGUCCCCUGGCAGCUCUCACAUUCAAUGCAUCAGGAACCAAACUGGCUAGCGCCUCCGAGAGGGUGAGUCUGACUGUUCCUCCCUCUCUCUCUCUCUGCCUGUCUUUCUACUGUAUCUCUCUCUAUAUAUACACUGAGUAUACCAAACAUUAGGAACACCUUCCUAAUAUUGAGUUGUGUUCCACAGGGAGGCUGGCCCAUGUUGACUCCAAUGCUUCCCACAGUUGUGUCAAGUCGGCUGAAUGCCCUUUGGGUGGUGGACCAUUCUUGAUACACACGGGAAACUGUUGAGCGUGAAAAACCCAGCAGCGUUGCAGUUCUUGACACAAACCGGUCACCUCGCACCUACUACCAUACCCCGUUCAAAGGCACUUAAAACUUUUGUCAUGCCAAUUCAACCUCAAUUGUAUCAAGGCUUAAAAAUCAUUCUUUAACCUGUCUCCUCCCCUUCAUCUACACUGAUUGAAGUGGAUUUAACAAGUAACAUCAAUAAGGGAUCCUAACAUUCACCUGGGCAGUCUAUGUCAUGGAAAGAGCAGGUGUUCUUAAUGUUUUGUAUACUCAGUGUCACUCCCUUUCUCUGUGUACAAUAGUUGUGUCUGACCAUCUCCUCCUCCUCUCCAGGGUACAGUGAUCCGAGUGUUCACCAUCCCAGAGGGACAGAGACUGUUUGAGUUCCGCAGAGGGAUGAAGAGGUCAGUUUAUGACAGACAGACUACAGACACACACACCAUACUACAGCUGAUAGACACACAAUGCUUUAGAAUGUCUACUACUACAAGGUUUUGUAGGGGUAGGUUUGGUCUCUUGAGGAUGAUGACUUUUACCAUGUGUGUUUGUGUCUCAGGUACGUGAGUAUCAGCUCGUUGUCCUUUAGUACAGACGGCCAGUUCCUCUGUGCCUCCAGCAACACAGAGACGGUCCAUAUCUUCAAACUGGAACAUCACAGCCCCAGGUACACACUGUUUACUCUCUUUUGAUUUUGUUGUGUUGCUUGUGUUACAACUUGGCCCUUUCUGGUCCUCAGUGGCUAGUUGUCAGGAGUGGAAGAUGCUUUGUGUUACAGUUGUCUUUGUAGUCAGUUGGGAAGAGGAGUGUGAUUGACUUGUUGUGUGUGACUGUGUCUCUUCUGCCUGUCUGUAGUCGAGAGGAGGAGUCUCCUACGUGGGGUGUGUACGUGGGGAAGAUGUUCACAGCAGCCAGCACCUACCUUCCCUCCCAGGUCUCUGACAUGAUGCACCAGGACCGGGCCUUCGCCACUGUACGACUUAAUAUGUUCGGACUCAAGAACGUCUGUGCCUUGGCCACGUACGUUUGUGUGUGUUUCAAUCCUGCACGGCGGGAUGGUGUAUGUCAGUGUGCGUUUCAAUGUUUGGUAACUCUUUAUUUUACAGUCCUAUGUAUUGUUAUGAUUUUCAGGGUUCAGAAGCUGCCGCGUCUGCUGGUGGCAUCAUCAGAUGGACAUAUCUACAUCUAUAACAUCGACCCACAGGAGGGAGGAGAGUGUGUGUUGGUCAGGAAACACAGGUGAAUAAGUGUGUGAGCCUAAGGGUUGGGGUCAAUUCCAUUUAAAUUCCAGUCAAUUCAGAAAGUACACUGAAAUUCCUAUUUCAAUUCUCUUCAAUGCUUUUCAAUCAGGAAAAUGUGCAAUUGGAAUGUGGUUUACUUUCUGAAUUGACUGGAAUUUAAAUAGAAUUGACCCCAACCCUGGUGAGUGCGUAAGCAUGUUUGUAUAUGCGCUUCUGUGUGGGUGUUUGUGAUCACGCUCUCUUUGUGUAUUCUCCAGACUAUUUGAAGGAGAUGAGGAGCCACAGGAAGAACAACAGGAAGAGGAGGAGCUUGAGGAUGGAAGAUCCCUCCCACCGUCAACCAGCCCAUCAAACGCUGCCACUGUGGCCCUCCCCUCGACGCCACCCUCUUCUACCACUCUCUCAGGUAUUGUGUGUAUGUUUGUUUGUGUGUAUGGUUCGCGUGUGUAUGGUGUGUGUAUGUCUUACCUUAUGUGAUUUAGUCUGGUGACGUGACCUUUUGUCAUCUCUCCUCUCCUUCCAUCUUCUUCCUUCCCCGCUCCCUCAAACCUCUCCCCAGGCUACUCAGAGGAUGGAGGGGCUGAGAAAGGUGAUGUGAUCCCUGAACAUGAGUUUACAGAGGGACCCGUCUGUCUGGAUGACGAGAACGAGUUUCCUCCAGUCAGCAACCAGAGCAACUGA